AAGUGAAAGUCGAAGCGGUGAAGGAGAAGUUAUGAUCGCCAAGAAUUACCGGGGAAGGUGUCCGUGAGCGGAGAAACACCGACCGGGGGAGGAAGGAGGAGGGAGAGGGGGGUGAAAGAGACACAACAAAGUCACAAGUCCAGUUCGAGUCCCGAGUCCUCGCCAUGGCCGACGUGUUGGAGAGCAGCGGUGCCGGAGCCGUCGGGGCGGCCAGCGUGGACUGGCAGAAACGCUGCGUCGCUCUUGAGAUGCAGCUGCUCAGGUUCCGGCUACAGGCGGGCAAAAUCCGAGAGCUGCUGGCGGAGAAGAUGCAGGAGCUGGAGCAGAGGGUGACGGAGGCUGACCAGCGAGCUGAGAGUGCUGAGAAACAGAUCCACGUCAUGGAAGAACAGCUGAAGUCUGCAAACAUACAAACCAGCGAGUCGGAGAGCUCGCUGUACAGAAAGUAUCAGGACCUGACCAAUCAGGUUCAGGAAAAAGAUGCUGUAAUAAAGAGAUUAGAGACGCAGCUGGAAAAACAGAUCUUAGUCAGAGCCCAGGAGGCAAAAAUUAUUGAGGAGAAGGCUGCCAAGAUUAAAGACUGGGUCACCUUUAAGCUCAGAGAGAUGGAGCAAGAGAACCAGCAGCUGAAAAUGGCCAACCUGAAGCAGACGGAGCAGAUAAUGUUGCUGCAGGACAAACUACAAUCUCUCUUAGAGAAGCCUGCAUCCCCUGGAUCUCCUGCCACUUCCCCUGUAAUGGAUACCCACCUGGUGCCCAGCAGCCCACUGUUUCCUCCCAGCUGCCCCGGUACGCCACCCGCCCAAGAUGACAGCUGGAGGCAGACGGGUCCGCGUGGGGCCGCCUCUAAUAUCAAGACCCCAGCAACAGAUGUGAAGAGGACUCCUGAACAGAUCAGUAAAGGGAUUUGCUUCGGAGACCUCGCAGCCCACGAUGCCUUCUCUCAGGGCCGGAGCAGGGAGAGUCCAAACCCCGGUGGACCGGAGUUCUUAGUGGGCUCAGAGGGCCAGGUGGGAUGCUCCGACCGAGACAACUCCUCCGACGAGCUCAACAGCAAGUUCCGCUCUCAGUGCCUUCACUCGUCUUCGUCCUCUUCGUCCUCAUCCUCCGCUUACGAGAUGGCCCACGGACCGAGCUCUCCAGAGUCGCCCAUGAUGAUGACGCCCAAAAGCCCGCUCUUGUCUCGCUCCCCCUCCACCAACAACCCCUUCCCCAACCCUCCCCAGCCUCUGGUCCACCAGUCGGGCACCAGCAUGACGUUACCCAAGGUGCGGACUCCGCUCACCCCCAGAGACAGCAUCCAGCUGGUCAAGAAGCACUACAGCCAGCCGCAGCCCAGCCUGGACCGACUCCACCACCUCAACGUCAACAUAGACAUCAUGACCCCAUCCUCCACCUCCUCCACUCUGAAGAGCACCGGCACCGCCACCUCGCCUUUCUCUCAGGUUGUAGAAGAGACGGACAUUGACGAUGGGCUCCCAGACAGCAUGGACGGAGUGGUGGAGGGCCCAGAGGAGCUGUCCCACGAUGGGGUGUCCUUUGUGGGACUGGCAGAAGAGCUGGAGCGUUUGGAUCCAGAAGUGCUCAAGCCGCCAACUCCUCCUUUACAUCGCUUCCCUUCAUGGGAGAGUCGGAUCUACGCUGUGGCUAAAUCAGGAAUGAGAGUAUCGGAGGCCUGUCCUGGAGCCAGAGGCCCCGGACGAGGGUCCAGCUUACCCCAGUAUCCCGCGGCAGGUCCGUUCACCCAGCUGAUCUAUAAGAACAUCAACGUACCGGUCUAUACCACACUGAAAGGGAAAGCCACUCAAAUCAGCAGUGUGCCUCUGCCGGACGAGGACUCCGGCUCAGAGGACGACAGCAGCUCUCUGGCCAGUUUGCGAACCUCCAUCCUGAGUCCGGACCGAAAGAGCAGCGUCCCUGGAAGUCCACGUGCUGUCAAGAGAGGUGUGUCCAUGUCCUCCAUCAGCUCAGAGAGCGAUUACGCCAUCCCUCCUGAUGCCUACUCUCUGGACAGCGACUACUCUGAACCGGAACACAAAGUCCAGCGGACCUCCUCCUACUCCUGCGAGAGCACUGGGCCUGAGAUGCUGGAGAAGUCUGGAUACCUACUGAAGAUGGGCAGUCAGGUGAAAGCCUGGAAACGCCGCUGGUUCAUCCUGAGGAAUGGAGAGAUCCUCUACUACAAAUCUCCUAGCGAUGUGAUCAGGAAGCCUCAGGGUCAGAUUGAGCUGAACUCAUCCUGCUGUAUCGUACGUGGAGAAGGAGCGCAGACAUUUCAAUUGAUUACGGAGAAGAAGACCUUCUAUCUGACCGCGGAUUCACCCAACAUCCUGGAGGAGUGGAUCAGGGUUCUGCAGAACAUACUCAAAGUCCAGGCCAGCAGCCCGGUUACCGUGGAGACGGCUGGGAAGCCCACAGUGAGGGGUUGGCUUACAAAGGUCAGAAAUUAUGAUUUACUAUUUUACCAUAUGAACCCCAAAACUAACUGGAUGACGUUAAUAUAUAACUAUCUUUCUUCUACAACCAUAUUUUAUUUGAUCCUCCAUUUACCGAACUUCUUCCUCUUUCAGCUGCCACUCGGUCAGCUGCAGAUGAGGGAGGCGUCGGUGCAGGAGGUGGAUCGCUCCUGUGACUCAGACGAAGACUACGAGGCAGGAAGUCGAGGUUUCCUCUCCUCCCACUGCACCUUAGUGGUCCAGCCAAGAGACCAGAGUCCCACAUACAUGCUCAUUGGCACCAAGCAGGAGAAGGAUACGUGGUUGUAUCACCUGACUGUGGCGGCCGGUAGCAGCGCAAUCUUUAAAGUAGGCACCGAGUACGAGCAGCUCAUCGGUAAACUACUUGAUGCAGAGGGAGACCCUGAGUCUGUGUUGUGGAAGAGCGAGGCCUUGAGCUUCUGUAAGGAGGGUCUGCGCUCGCCUCUCACCACUCUGCCCUCCGAAGCUCUGCAGACGGAGGCUCUCAAGCUUUUCAAGUCCUGUCAGCUCUUCAUCAACGUGCUGGUAGAGUCGCCGUCUGUCGAUUACCACACCUCGCUGGCCCAGAAUGCUUUGCAAGUGUGCCUGACCCACCCGGAGCUGCAGAAUGAGAUGUACUGUCAGCUCAUCAAACAGACCAACCGGCGGACGCCACACAACUACUCUCUCACACAGUGUUGGCAGCUGUUGUCUCUGUGUGUGGCUCUGUUCCUUCCUCAACAACAUUUCCUCUGGUACCUGAGACAGUACCUGCAACACAACGCUGACCCAAGGAGCGAGGUGGGGAAGUAUGCUGUUUACUGUCAGAGAUCUCUGGAGCGAACUCUGCAGAACGGAGAGCGGGAGGCCAAACCUUCACGUAUGGAGAUAGUUUCCAUCCUGCUGAGGAACCCUUAUCACCAUUCACUGCCUUUCAGCAUCCCAGUUCACUUCAUGAACAACACUUACCAGGUGGUGGGUUUCGACGGCUCCACCACAGUGGAAGAGUUCCUCAACACGCUGAACCAGAGGAUUGGCAUGAGGAAGCCACAGCUGACGGGGUUCACCCUCUUCACUGACGAUCCGUCUGGCAAAGACCUGGAGCACUGCCUGCAGCCCACUGCCAAGAUCUGUGACGUGAUUUCCAAAUGGGAGCAGGCGCUAAAGGAGCUGCAUCCUGGGAAAAAUGAGGGCACACGGAUUGUCCGACUGACGUACAAGAGCAGGCUGUGCUUCAGAUCCCAGGUGAAAGGAGAGACGGAGCGAGAGCGCCUCCUGCUGGCGUAUCAGGUGAACGAUGAAGUUCAGCAAGGCCACUUCCCUGUGAACAAAGAGCUGGCUCUGGAGGUGGCUGCACUCAUGGCACAGGUUGAACAUGGUGACUUGGAGCGACCAGGUGCCUCCUCUCCCACCGGCUCUCCUCAGCCCAAAUCUCAGCUGAUUCUCCUGCAAGCAUUAGAGCGCUUCUACCCAAAACGCUACAAACAGGACUGUAGCUCAGAGCAGCUCAGAGAUCUUACUGAGCGUCUGGCCACUAAGUGGUCGAUGCUGCGUGGGUGCAGUGCAUCCGAGUGCGUGAGAAUCUAUCUGACUGUGGCUCGGAAAUGGCCCCUGUUUGGAGCCAAGCUCUUCAGUGCAAAGCCGGUCCCUCCCUCUCCCGUUGAGCAGAGCCAGGUGUGGCUGGCAGUCAACGAGGACGGACUGUGUGUGCUGGAUUAUACAAUGCACACGCUGGUCACGUACUCCUACCAGUCUGUGAUUACCUUCGGUGGCUGUCGUGACGACUUCAUGGUGGUCACGAGCCAGCAGAGGGAGCCCGGAGUCGGGAAGAAGAGCGUGGAGAAGCUGGUCUUUGCGAUGGCUAAACCAAAGAUACUGGAGCUGACUCUGCUCAUGGCCAGCUACAUUAACCACUGGAACCCCAGCCUCCCGCCCGCCUCCCAGCAGCCCCUGGGCCACUGGGACGUGGACAGCCGCCACUUCCCCGCCAUGAACUACACCACCAAGGGCCCGACGCUACUGUGAAGCACGGCAGAGACUGUUUAGCUACAGGGAGACACUUCACAUUCACCCGGAGUGCACUGGGUUGCACAUCCUGGUUUUUUCUCACACUACAGGUACUCUGACAUCUUUUUUAAAUUUUUUUUCCUUUUUUUUUUUUAAUACAAAGAUUUAGAUUUAGAAACGUCAGGAUCAGCCUUCUUAGAAUAUUUAUUUUGACAGAAGUGUUUUAACUCUGCUUUUCUUAGGCGUAAGGUCACUUUUGGAUUUGUUGUUGAAAUUAUGUUUGAAAUGUUGUAACGGUCUCCGUUCGUCACAUCGACACCUGAACGGAGAUCGUUUGUCAGAAACCUCUGCUCAGAAUAAUUUCACGUAAAUAACAGUAAAGCAGAGUUUAAAUUCAUUGAAAAGGUACCGGCUAAUUAGAGAGGAGCUGAUGUGACAUGUGAGAGGACACGUUUAUAGAUUUUAGUCUCUUAAUUCAAAAUAAUCCAACUAACUAAUUUAGUGCUGAAACUAACAAUUCAUUAUAGAUUAACCUUAAUGAAACUAUUAGCAGAUGUCUAUGAAAGGUUGUCAGACUUCCAGAAGUCGUCACAAUCUAUUAAAGCAGCCAAAAGGCCCAAAGAUGGUAAAUUGAACUUCAUUUAAAAAAAUGUAGUCAUAUUUGAGUCGCUGGAAUCAGUAAAUUUUUUGUUAUUUUUGCUUAAAAUGAGCAUCAAAAUAUCCUGUGAUUCAUUUUCUGUUGAUUAAAUGAGUAACUAUUUCCAUUCUUGUAAAAUAAGGGGCUGAUUUUUGUAGAAAAUUAACACGUUUAAGGAUCUGUUCUUUUGUUUUGUUGUUUUUUCGGUUAAUAUUUAGUUCACUCGUUUAGCAUAAAGCAGGUCAACAGAAGAGGCUGAAUUGUUUGGUCUAGAUGAUGUUUCACAAUAAGAGAAUUGGACAUAGAAGAGCGACAUACUGUGUGGAUAAAACAUCCUCUAAUCACAUAUUACUAGACAUACAGUGUGUUACUAAACCCACCACUCAGUGUUUUCAUAAUCAACAGACUAACAAAAAGGAGAGGAUUUUGUUUUUUUUAAGAAGAGCUACCAAAAUAUUCUAAAGACUUGAACUGUUUUGGAUAAACCACUGUCUUUGCUCGUGUUCAUAUUAGUUAUUUAUUUUCUCUUUUAACAUUUUGGGGCUUUUCGCUUAAAAAGGAAAUGUGUUUUUUGUUGUUGUUGUUUUUUUUUUCCACAGUGGUCACGUUUGCGUGCGAGAACUUAGCGUUUCCUUUGUGUAGCUGAGUAAUUUAAGAGCAGAGUAUGUUUGGUUACUGUACUAGGAUGCGUUACAGAUGUUUAAACGACGGUGUCUCUGUGUCGCUUGUAUGCGUGUGUGGUAAUAAAAUAAAUGGUACAAGCCUC